GCAAGAGAGCAAAGCACACAAACCAGGGUCAACUUGGUAACAAUUGUGUGAGAGAAUAGGGAGGCGAUGAAAUUCUGGGUGCUGGCCAAUUUCGUGCCCCUCCCUCACCUCCUCGCGCGCCCCUCGGCCCCGCACACACCUUUCAACGCCAAUCCCCGUCCUGGCCCGCGCAAAUAUGCCCUGUUUCUCCCCAAGCCCUGCCUACCCCGCACUCCGCUCGCAGUGUGACUGAUGACUAGCAAGACGUGGAUCGUCGGUGGACGAGGGGCCGGUAGGGUGGGUGGCGGGAAAGAUGCGAACGAACGGAUGAAGUGACGACGAGAGUAGACGGCAUUUCCCGAGGGGGAAUAGGACCAUCCCCAAGAAAAUGUGCGAGCUCGUGACGACAAGUGUCCAGUACGAGCUGUCUGUCCGACGUGGCGGAAACACCCUUGUCCUCUGCUGGCAGGAUGGACUUGGAAGAUGAUCCAAUGCCGCUGUCGUUAUUGCUGGAAAGUGGGGAAAGUCUUUGCUUGUUACCUUGGCAUCACGUGUCGCUUAUCGUUUAGCGGCAGAGGAGGUGGUUGUUUUGCGCGAGUGUGCGGUCGUCCUAAGAAGAAGGAGAAGAAGGAAGACGAAGACGAAGACGAAGAAGAAGAAGAAGAAGAAGAAGAAGAAGAAGAAGAAGAAGAAGAAGAAAGAGGAACAUGAAAGAGAAGUAGGAAAAGAAGAAGACGGCCCAGGUUUGCGCCUUACGAUCUAGAAGCGGGCUUGCGAUGAUGGCUGUGUCUCGGAUGAUGUUGCAGCGCAGAAGUCGGAUCUGUGGUUGGUAGUCCCUUUUUUCGUGUGGUCUGUUUCACUGAAGGUUGCGACUUGGCGGUUGCGGAGCAGUUGUUGCGAAAAGUGCGUUCUCGAUCGAGAGUGAGACUUUCGACGAAGAUCCGAAGAUCGCUGUUGGCGUUAUGCUUCGAUGUCGGGAAUGGCUGAAGAUUGUGUCCCAGGUGUCGGUUAGGAGACGGCGAGAGAAGAGGCCGUGCGUGAGGUGUCAGAUAGUGCCAGGUGUCAGAUAGGCACGGGUGUCACAGGUGAGAGGGGGGAGGGGGUCGGAGAGGCAGACGAGGAAAACGGGAUCGUGGAACAGAAGCCGCGAAGAAGUGAAGGGGGAGGUGCUCCUGCCCCUUCCGGGAGGCAUUUGGAGUUGCCUCUCUUCCCCACAGAGCUUCCUCGCAUGGUCUUCAUCGUCGUCUUCUUUGUCGUGAUCUGUCUUCAUCAUCGACGUCGUCGUAAUCGUUUCGUGUGAGAAGAGGCAAGACAGAUAAUGUGCUUUCUCUGCCGUUCGGGAGCGGCGAACAGACCGGCCUAGCAAUCGAGCAAUCAAGUUGAUAGCUUAACGGUGCCUUCUAAGCACGCCGAAGAUUCGAGGUUCCAUCGACUGGAGGAAACAAACGUGUCUGUGUGUGGAGUUGACAGGUGAGGGGGCGCGGGGUGAAUGAGAUUUCUGUUCACCUAUUCGGUGAAACGGUUAGAGAGAGGUGGGUCUGGGAGAAGUGUGUUGGGGGGGCGGGGUGUAUGGAGAGCGGGGGCUGGCUCUGGCAGUUGUUGAGCGAGGAAGGGCGACUUUCAUACUAAUGUGUAUCCGCCUUUGUCUCUUCUGCUAUUUAUCCAAAACAAGGUUGAGAGGAGAGGAGAGGAGAGGGCGAUCGUGGUGAUUUGCGCGCGUAUUGAGCGCGUGUUGUUUGCCUCUGUGAAGGAGGCGCGCAAAGGAUAUAUCUAUAUCUAUAUAUAUGUACAUAGGUGCGGGACAAUUAUUCGUUAGCAGACAGGCAGAGAAGGGGGUGGUCGUACGGAAGGUUGUGCGACUCAUAUGGCACCCAACGAGUUGUGGAAGUGCUAUUUUUUAGUGUCGGAGAGCGCUUCGAGACCCAAUCGGUUAUGGAAAAAGGGGUGUGGGGAGUGUGUAGGUGGGCGAGGCUUGUGGUAAUCAAUCACCAAAAGUGAAGCGGGGGUGCGAGGCUGCUUGCCGUGCUGGUGGACGUCCGAAGAGACCCGCUGCAGGAGGAAACGACGCAGGCGACGAAGAGUUCGAACUUAUAUUACAAGUAGGAGGAGCGACACAGUUCAGUCUGCAUCGGGAGUGCCCGGACCUCUGAUCCGAUCGAGCAGGGUAGAACAUGGGAAAGAGCGGACCUUGCGGGCACUGCGGCGUCACAACGACUCCGUUGUGGAGAAAUGGGCCGCCAGAUAAGCCAGUGCUUUGCAACGCUUGUGGAUCGAGGUGGAGAACCCGAGGAAAUCUGACCAAUUACCUUCCUGCAAGUCUGGGAGGAAGUGGUCAUGGGGGAGGUUAUUAUGCCCGGGGGUCCAAAUCUGCAUGGUGCAAGUCCUCAAAGGAGAAUUGCCGAAAAACUAACAGCAGCAACACCAGCUUAAUUGUGAAGGUGACUCAGGCGAAGCAGUUGUCGGCCUCUUCGACCACUACUUGUUGGACUGGGGAACAUCUACAGAACAGAGUAUCCCCCUGGAAAGGUCACGAUUGGAGGAAGGGAGAUGCUGCAGCAACGGUGGAAAACAAUGGGGCUUUGGUGAAGAGGCCGCGACUACCUACAUCUUGUGGGCGGUGUGAUACUGAUGUGGCUGACAAUACGUCCAGAACACCUUUCACCAGCCCUGUGACUGUGGCAUCACUGGAAAGCAUUCCUUGCAUGCGGCGAUCCAACGAUGCUGUCGAAUUAGCAGAUGAAAGGGAGCAGUUUGCAGGUAACAUGUUCUGCAGGAUUGUAGAGGCUUUAUUAGUCGCACAGCGGGAACAAAUGCAGUACGAACGCAGUCAAGACAUCAAGAUAGACGCGAUACGCGCGGGGUUCAAGGACUUCGCGUGCGACAUGAUGAAACACCUGCUGACCGAAGUGCACAUUGCGAUUAAUAGGACCCGAGAGCUUUGUACUGGCUUUAUUGAAGGCGCCAAGCUAGCGGCCCCUAAGGAAGAGGAGCCGACCCCACCACGUCGCGAGAAAGUCAAGGUCCGAUUUCCCGAACCCUUCAGUGGGAAGAAGGGUGAAGAUUUUGAUAACUGGGAGGCCAAUGUGCACUCCUAUAUGUAUCUGCAGGGAGUCACACCUGAAGACCACACUUUGGUGGGCUUCCAGGUCCUUAGAGACGAAGCAACUAGCUUUGCUAGGUCGCUAGCCCGCGCUGCCAACUGCGAUAACGAUAUGGUUACAUACUCCAGACUGACACCCCUCUCCGUCUUCUUGAAAGCCCUCAGGGAGCGAUUUUCUGAUGUCACGCGGGGCCUUAAGGCCCCAGACAAACUCCAAAUGAUCCACACUCGCCAGUGGAAGAGUGUGCAUGCGCUAAAGUCCGCUAUGGACGAACUGAUUGCGGUCCCUGGGCAUGGAGUCACUGAUGUGCAACUCCUUAACCUCUUCUACCGCGCCCUGCCUGAAAAUAUUCAGGGACACUUCUUUGAGAAGAAGAAUAAGCAGGGCAUGACGCACGAUACACUUAGUUGGGAGGCAGUUGCAUUUGCCGCCCAAGCGUCGCCAGUUACCACGUUCUGGCACAAGGAUCUGUCUAAAGGAAAAACGUUGAAGGGAUGCGCCAUCUCAGGCCAAAUCAAGGCCAAAGAUAGUCUGAUCUUAACGAUGGAGGAAGGUGGUGCAGAGGAGGUUCCCUACUCUGACAUCGAGUGGGGAUUAGAGGAGGACAACAACGCAAGCCAGGGGAGAACCUACGCUGUUGUCGCGGCUGGAGGGAGGCCGCAAGGAGGACAACGGUUCGGCCCAAGUGGUCGGGCCCAGGGUGGCCGAGGGCAGGGCGGCCAGGGGGUUGGUGGCUAUGGCAACCGCCAAGCGGGAGGAAGGGGAGGUCCCCCGUCUAAUCGUCCGCGCCAGCGUCUAGUAAGCUGUCCAGAGCUCGCUUGUGUUAGGGCCUCUUUAGGCGCUUCCCUCACAGGCUUAGCCGAUGAACUGAGAGAGAGGAGGCAAGCCUGGGCCAAGAUGAAGAAGGAUAGUAAAGGAAAACUAAUCCUCGCAGAUGUAGAGAUAUUUAGAGCUGGAGUAGGAGCCCUCAUAGACAUCGGGGCGACUAGGAGCUUUAUUAGUCGUAAAGCGUUGAGGAAGUUGAAGUUGAACCUAAAGGUCCAACGACUAGAAGAGCCUGUGGUCAGCAUCCUCGCAGACAAUAGUAGGAUGCGCGUCGAAGAGUAUGUUGAGGGGGUUCACGCCUGCUUUCGCCUGGAGAAAGAUGGCAAGGUAGAGAAGGUACUGCACUCCCUGACCCUCCUUGUAGAAGAGAGUCUCCCGUUUGACAUAGUUUUAGGCACAGAUUGGGGAGAGGCAGUAGGAGCCACACUUCACCUAAGAGAGCAUGAGUGUACGCUCCCUUGUGCGUCAGGCGAAGUCAAGAAAGUCCGCCUGUUCCAUGAGUCCGGGGUAGAUAAUCCCCUUGCCCAUUGCUGCCUCAGCGCUCCUGCAUUCGCCAGGCUUGUGCGAAAGGAGCAGCUUGAAGAGCAGGUGUUCGUGGUCUAUGUUAGGCCAGUGUCCGAUCAGCCUAUAGAGGAAGAAAAGAUCCAUCCUGCUAUUGCCAGUCUGCUGGAAGAAUAUAAGGAUCUAUAUGAACCACCUUCAGGGGUAGUGCCCAAACCGAUCCAGCACCGAAUAGAAAUAGAACCUGGCAGUAGAACGCCAGAGGGGCCAGUCUACAGGAUGUCUCCCAAAGAGUUAGAGGAGCUACGCAGGCAGUUUGAUGAGCUCCUAGAAAAAGGAUGGAUCCGGCCUAGUUCAUCGCCGUUCGGUGCACCUCUUCUGUUUGUCCCAAAGGAGGAGGGAGAGUUGGGCAUGUGUAUUGACUACAGGGGACUGAACGCCAUCACGAUUAAGAGUCCAGAGCCAUUACCGCGUAUAGAUGAUUUGCUAGAUCGAGUUCAGGGGUGCAAAUAUUUCUCGAAGAUAGAUCUAAAAUCACGGUACCAUCAGAUAGAGGUCCACCCUGACGAUCAGUAUAAGACGGCGUUCAGGACAAGGUAUGGGCAUUACGAGUUCAUAGUGGUGCCAUUUGGACUUACUAAUGCACCUGCAACAUUUCAGUGCUGUAUGAACGACUUGUUUAGACCUUGGCUAGAUAGGUUCGUCGUAGUUUACCUAGACGAUAUCCUAGUGUUCAGCAAGACCCUCGAGGAACAUGAGGGCCAUCUACGACAGAUUCUAAGUAAGCUCAGAGAGUCUAACUUUAAGAUUAACCCGAAGAAGUGCGAAGGGGACAAGACACAGGUCCUUUACCUAGGCCAUGUACUUGACGGCGAUGGUAUUCGGCGUGAGGAUAGCAAGAUAGCAUCCAUCAGAGAUUGGCCAACUCCUAAGACACUAACAGAGAUGCGUUCUUUCUUAGGACUGGCUAACUACUACAGGAAGUUCGUGAGGAACUUCUCUACGAUCGCUGCUCCCCUUCGUAGACUAUUGAAGAAAGAAGCUAUCUGGAAGUGGGAUCAGGAUUGUACGUCAGCCUUCAAGAAAUUGAAGAAGGCUUUGAUAGAGUACCCUGUUCUCAAAGUUGUCGAUCCAUCAUUGCCAUCUGUUGUUACUACAGACGCGAGUCAAUAUGGCAUAGGUGCCGUUCUACAGCAAGAUGACGGCAACGGGUAUAGGCCCGUAGAGUUCAUGUCAGCCAGGCUGCCUUCAGAGAAAGUCGCCGCAUCGACAUACGAGAGGGAACUCUACGCUCUCAGGCAAGCUCUAGAGCACUGGAAACACUACCUGCUUGGGAGGCACUUCAAGGUUUAUUCAGACCACGAGACUCUUAGAUGGCUAAAGACACAGGCCAAGAUGACGCCCAAGUUGACCAGAUGGGCUGCUGAGAUAGACCAGUAUGACUUUGAGUUAAAACCCGUUAAAGGCAAGUACAACGUGGUAGCUGAUGUGCUAAGCAGGAGAUCUGAUUAUUUCGGUGCGGUAGUACACUAUCUAGACAUAGGGGCCGAUCUGCAGCAGAAAGUAAGAGAUGCCUAUGCACAGGACCCAAUCUAUGGUGAGCUGCUUUGCUGCUCAAAAGAGUAAGGGAAGCCCCAGAUAGUGAGCCACACUACCGGACCACGAAUGGGCUACUGUUUGAAAAGACUAAUGUUGCUGACAGGCUAUGUGUCCCCAAUAGUGAAGAGAUCCGUAGUCUGAUCUUAGGGGAAUGCCACGAUACAGAAGGGCACUUUGGAUGGCAGAAGACUUUAGCUAACCUGAUGAUGUCCUAUACGUGGCCAGGCAUGAAAGCAGACUGCAUAGAAUAUGUGCGCAGUUGCAAAGUGUGUCAGCGUAAUAAAGCUACGACUAAAGC